AUGAGAGACCACCAGCGCCCUGCUCCAAAACGUGGCGUGCUUCUGGUUGGGGGGUCCUUGACCCGAGCCAGGAACACGCCACCGACUGGUACCAGGGCGACGGGGAAUUUUUAUCAUCAUGAUGAGGGAAUUUGCUCAGCCUUAUCUCUAAAAGACUUUGACCGCAAUUUCCGUUUCCCUGGUAACCGAACUUUGGCCCCACAGGGAAACCCUCAACCAUGGCAGCAGCAACAAAUACAACAACAAGAGACAUCAAGUGGCAGGGCUGUUCCCUUGUCUUUCCUGCAAUACCCUCCCGAAAGAGUGCAGCAACAGGAAAUGCACUGGUGCAAUAUUCCUUCUCAAACAUUUGAUACAAGACCGCGGAGUCAAUGGGGAAGUCAUGAACCUGUCCAUGACUUGAGUCAUCAUCAGGUUCAGACCAGGAAGGCCUUGAAAAAUAAAAGCACAUCACCAAGAAGUUGUCUUGUUGCGCAGUCAUUGGCACAAAGACCUCAGAGAACCAGUUACUCUCCUCCUUCACAGACCUUGCAAACGUUGCAAGACUGCGCUGACGCAGUGUUACCAACCGCGUCAUACGGAGCAUCAUCUGAUCAACGACAGACUCCAUCACCCGGACGCAAAAGAACCAAUAGCACCAAUGAAGCCGAGCACAAGAAACGAAUGGAACAUAACGAAGACUUCGAGGCCCUGCAAAGGCUCAUCCCGGCUUUGAACCAGACAAACAACCCCAGGAUUUCAAAAGCAAGAAGUCUCGAGGCAGCCGCAGAACACCUGAAAACGCUCAAGUCUCAAACGGACGCAUACGCGGAAGAAAUUCGAUCCUUGAAAUCUCAAAUUGAAUCUUUGACUGGAGAAAUUGACUCUUUCCAGAGUCAGCUUCCUGCCACAGGAGCACCCAUUUCCCAGUAUAAGACAAACAAGGUACGCGACUACUACAAGGACCAUGUGAAACAGCAAACCCUGAAAAGCUGGAAAUUCUGGAUGUUCUCUAAAAUUGUCGGGGAACACAUGGCCAAGACCUUCAACGAAAGCGUUACCAACGCAACGUCGAAUAACCUGAGCGCCAGGACAAUGGAAUGGGCUGAGAAGCAUUGUAACCUAGUUGCCAUGCGAUCAGGUGCACUCGGUGCAUUGCGGAAGCUGGGCACGGAAACCAGCGUCCUCAGCAACCCGGAGCUGCUCAAAGAAGAAGCCGUGAAAGCAGUGCUGGAGGUUGAACUAGCCUCACCAGCAACAUUAUCACCCACUGCCGAAGAACUCAUGGAACCCCCCAUU